ACUUUUCUCCAAGUUGGCCAGUGGCUAUGGAGGAGAUAGCUCAGAUCAGCCCGCCAUGAAAUCCACACAAAUCAAGAACCCAAACUCCAAGGCCUUACCUUAAAAUAACUGCAAAACUACCUUACCACCCCAUAUACAUCAAUAAUUAAACCAAACUUGCACGUCUUUGCUCCAUUGAAUCUUGGAAAUAGGAGGACCCCACAACCAGCUCCACCCAAUAUUCUUCUUCUUCUUCACCCCUCUAUACUUGUAUAUAUAUACAUACAUAUCUCCAUUGAUACGUAUUCUCUAUAACCCAAAGGGCAUUCUGUAUAUAUUUGCUGGAGUAGAUAUAUAUAUCCCAACUAACCUGAUUCUGGUUUGGAACUCAAUCAUUUACAUUGUAGAAAAGAUUGAGCAUUAAGGUUGUGGGUCUUUGUGUCUGGAUUCAUCCCCAAGCUUGAAUCUUUGGGGAUUUUCCAGGCUUCAGAGGCCCACAACAGCUCUUUUUCGUUUUUCCCUUCUCUAAUUUUUCCCGUUUUUGGGUUCUUUCUCAAAAUCCAUUUUUAGCCAUACUUUUCCUUCAAUCCUAAGAGAGAGAGAGAGAGAGAGAGAGAGAGAUUUUUAGCUUGGAGACAUUGAGGAGGCCCACUGAUUUGUUUUGGUGGGCUUCAUUAAUCAAAUCCUUUUCAAAUGCUUGUCUUCUUGGUAACCUCCUUCACCUUCAUAACUCUUCUGUGUAAAUCUCUGUCUCUCCAGCCACUCCCUUCAUGGGCUGCUGAGUUCAUAUUGCUGCCACUUUGGUUCUGGAAAGAUUUCUCAUUUCUGAGCUCAGUUAGGGGUCAGAAGAAGGCUCUCUCUGCUUUGGUUCCCUUGAGGAUGUUCCAAAGGAGGAAGACAACAUGUUCUUCUUCUGAGGGGGCAGAGAUGGAACCUGAAAUGUCAGUUCUUGAUUUGCCUGAUUUGGUGCUGGAAUGCAUUCUUGAGAGGCUUUCGCCCGAGGGGCUAUGUAACAUGGCUAGUGUUUGCAGCUCCUUGAGGGAGAGGUGUUUGAGUGAUAGUCUUUGGGAGAGGCAUUUGAGGCAGAAAUGGGGAGGGGUAAUUGGCCCUGCUGCUCACAGGGAGUGGCAAUGGCAUAUUGCUGCUUCGAACGAUUCGAGUUUCUUUGAUCAAACUAAGCAGCAGAGCUUCAUUGUGAGUUACCUCACUAGGCUGCUGUGGCCUCUCUCUGGAAUGGCUAGGUCGAAUUCGAGUAAGGGUGAUAGGAAGAGGAAUUCUCCCCCUGUUGGUUCAGUCAUGUCAUGGUAUCUUGCUCUUGAAUCUGGCAGGUUUUGGUUCCCUGCUCAGGUCUUCAAUCGCGAGAAUGGACAUGUUGGGUUUAUGUUGUCUUGCUAUGAUGCUGAUGUUAGCUAUGAUCCUAGGAAUGACACUUUCCAGGCCAGAUAUCCGCCCCAUGGAAGAAGGGCGGGUGCAAUAGAGAAAGGCGUGACUUGGGAUAGAUUAAGAGCUCCCCCUGUUGAUACCUCUCCGCAUUAUCUUCAUAUCUCUCUUUGCUUGAAUGAAUUGCUGCCCGGAGAUCACAUCGAGAUCCAAUGGAGGCGAAACAAAGAAUUCCCUUAUGGCUGGUGGUAUGGCGUGGUUGGCCACUUGGAAACGUGCGAUAGGAACGAGAUUUACUGCCGUUGUCAUGAAAGUGACACUGUGGUGCUGGAGUUCAACCAGUACAGCCCGGGAUCAAGGUGGAGGACAAAGACGAUUAGCAGAGCAGAACAUCGGGAGGAAGGGAACGAGGGCGAUGGGUUCUAUGGAGGAAUACGAAAACUUGACAGCAACCGCGAAAUUUCUGCGUGGAGGCAGCACUGGCCUGCUGAUAUGUUGGAAUAGAUGAUUUAAUUUUGCAGAAAGAAUCAGUUUAUGCAGUUUUGAAUGGCCUGGAACAGAGGGAAGUAUGAAGAAGAAGAAGGCCAGAAGGGUGUUUUGGCAAUGCCACAAGUUGCCUUUCUCCACAGAUCCUAGUUAUUGAACAAUUUAUUGCUCAUUAAUUGUUUCCACUUUAUACAUAAUUUGUUCAGUAAAUAUUCUUAGCUCCCUUCAGUUCCUCUUGUAGAGACUUUGAAGUAAUAGAUUUUUGAACCUUUCCUAGCUCUUACCA